AUGGCUGCCUCAGAAUUUACAUACAAAGAACAACCAGAAACCCUAGUCUUAUUUGACGUUGACGGUACAUUAACCCCAGCUAGACUAACUAUUUCCGAUGAAGUUAGGGACACUUUGAAGAAACUAAGACAAAAGGUCUGUAUCGGUUUCGUUGGUGGUUCUGACUUAAGCAAACAAUUGGAACAAUUAGGUCCAACUGUCCUAGAUGACUUUGACUUUGCUUUCUCUGAAAAUGGUCUAACUGCUUACAGACUUGGUAACGAACUAGCUUCCCAAUCUUUCAUUAAUUGGAUCGGUGAAGAAGAAUACAACAAGUUAGCUAAGUUCAUCUUAAAGUACUUAUCUGAAUUAGACUUACCAAAGAGAAGAGGUACUUUCCUAGAAUUCAGAAACGGUAUGAUUAACGUUUCCCCAAUUGGUAGAAAUGCUUCUACUGAAGAACGUAACGAAUACGAAAAGUACGACAAAGAACAUCAAAUUAGAGCUAAGUUCGUUGAAGCUCUAAAGAAGGAAUUCUCUCAUUUGGCUCUAACUUUCUCCAUUGGUGGUCAAAUCUCUUUCGAUGUAUUCCCAACUGGUUGGGAUAAGACUUACUGUCUACAACACGUUAAGGGUGAUGGUUUCAAGGAAAUUCAUUUCUUCGGUGACAAAACCUUCAAGGGUGGUAACGAUUUCGAAAUCUACACAGAUGACAGAACCAUCGGUCACUCCGUUAACUCCCCAGAUGACACUGUUAGAAUCCUAACUGAAGUCUUCAACUUAUAA